AUGGCUUUACCUUGGACUAAUCGGUGGAGUAACGCCCAGUAUUUUGAGUUGAACCCACCUGCAUCGCAAACUUCCUACGACCCAUGCUCUUCACUUCUAUGUCUCGCCAUUGCGAUAGCAGCUGUUGCCAAUGAGAAUUUCUCGUGGCGUUUAGGUCAGAAAAAUUAUCAGCUGAUUGUGCUUGGCUUUCUCUUGGGAAUCAUGCAGCUAUGCCUCACCAGUAUCACCCCGGCAAUCUUCUUGCUUCUCGAAGCUAGAUUUGGCUCCUCGAGUCUCCAAAACUACCAGGGUAUCCUACGCAACCAGGUUCUAAGUUCUGGGCUUGGCUAUGCCUGGCGGGUGAUUCUAGCAUUGAUGAUCAUAUUGCCUCUCGGACUGAGCAUUGCAUACAAAACGUUCGUCGGAGGCCAGAGUAUGAUGACUGUCAACGCUAAGGACUACAUAAAGGAAGCCUCAGCAGCCUCUUACUACGGAAUGUUUGCUCCUCCUGGCCUGCAACUCCUCGGCGAAAAGACGGGGGUGUCACUCUUUUCAAAUGCCACAAUACCGUAUGCAGUGGCGUCUUCUCCACCUGCUGGACCCGAGCCGCCUUUCCCGAGCGGAUAUCAAGCGUCGGGCUUCAAUGUUCUGAUCUUAAGCAACGAAAGCACCGCACUGUUGGAUAUUCCGGAACCAAGCUAUGUAUCAGCAGUGCAGAGCCUACUUGCUGGAGGUGAAUCAUGGAACAUAACAGCAUCCGUAUCUGCCACUAUUGGGACUUUCAACCACUCAAGAACGCAGGACCCAAAGGCAUUCGCAGAUUUCUUCGACGAUCUCUGUGAAGACGCGAAAGACAGCUCGGGCGCCAUCAAUCAUCUAUCUAUGCUAAAUAAUUACGCCGUCGAUCUGAUCGAUCACGCUUCGCCAGGCGACCAAUCACUUCAAUACGUCUCUCUCUCACCAGACCCAGGAAUAACGCAUCAAUCCUCCUGCUCAAAUCUCUCCAAUUACGUCCAACCACACGACGUCACCCGACAACAAUGCAAAGGUACAUGGUCGAUCACUCGAGGCGGCAUUCAGCUGGUCGACGGAUCUUGCGACAAAGGGAUUCUUCCCCUCGAGAAACAGCAGCCCAUAACAAACAACACCAAAGGUCUUUUCCCAGGUGUCUGGUUCAUGCCCUCGUUAGCCGAAUUUCUGGGACCCUUUGCAGUCGAGCGCAAUGCAUCUGUCUGGAAAGGAUCAUAUUUGGCGACUAGCAUGGCAGCUAUGCUCUGGUCUCGCGUCACAGCCGCCAAUAGCGCCAUCAAUCUCGACCCUCAGUCAGGCAGCUCGGUGCUGCAACACGAGUAUCACAACUACACCUAUCAGGACGUGGGGCUGUACUACCCCGUCGACGACCACAUUCUCUACAUUCGGCCUACUCUCCGGAGGUCACCGUGGCUAUAUGUCGUGCUUGCCAUUCAACCUGUGCUUACGGUCGGAAUAUUAGCGUUGACGUUGCUACUGCAUUCGACGCCGGUAGACAAAGAUUUCGGGCUAAUUUCCAUCCUUGCAGGAGUGGACCGCGGCAGUCUUGAUACAUUAGCCGGAGCAACGCUCUCAGGCAAGUUGUCGAAGAGCGUCAAGCUAGUCAUGCAACCAAAAGUUGAAAUUGGGGCUGCAAAGAUAGAGUACAGCGUCUUGCCAGCCUCGGUUGCAGGACGAAUGAAAAACGGAAGAUUGAAUCCAAGGACUGUCUACUACUGA